UCAGCGGCGGCGUGGAGAGCUCUGGGAGCGUGGCUACGUGCUGGAAGCUGAGGUAAAGUUGUGGCUUCUCUCUGCCCGACCGCGCGAAAGCUGGCUAAUCCAGUUUAUAAAUAAUGGAAUUUCAAGCAGUAGUGAUGGCAGUUGGUGGGGGAUCUCGGAUGACAGACCUGACUUCCAGCAUUCCCAAACCUUUGCUUCCAGUUGGGAACAAACCUUUAAUUUGGUACCCACUGAACCUGCUUGAGCGUGUUGGAUUUGAAGAAGUCAUUGUGAUUACAACCAAGGAUGUCCAAAAGGCUUUAAGUGCAGAAUUCAAGAUGAAAAUGAAGCCAGAUAUUGUGUGUAUUCCUGAUGAUGCUGACAUGGGAACUGCAGAUUCUUUGCGCUACAUAUAUCCAAAGCUUAAGACAGAUGUGUUGGUCCUGAGCUGUGAUUUAAUAACAGAUGUUGCCUUACAUGAAGUUGUGGACCUUUUCAGAGCUUAUGAUGCAUCACUCGCCAUGUUAAUGAGAAAAGGCCAAGAUAGCUUGGAGCCAGUUCCAGGUCAAAAGGGGAAAAAGAAAACAGUGGAGCAGCGUGACUUCAUUGGAGUGGACAGCACAGGAAAAAGGCUACUUUUCAUGGCUAAUGAAGCAGACUUGGAUGAAGAGCUGGUCAUUAAGGGAUCCAUCCUGCAGAAUUCAUUCACUUCUAUCCGGAGUGAGCUGAUUCCAUACCUAGUAAGAAAACAGUUUUCCUCAGCUUCUUCACAACAGGGACAAGAAGAAAAAGAGGAGGAUGUAAAGAAAAAGGAACCGAAAUCCUUAGAUAUUUACAGUUUUAUAAAAGAAGGCAAUACUCUGACCUCGGCCCCCUAUGACACCUGUUGGAAUGCCUGUCGCAGAGAUAGAUGGGACGACUUGUCCACGUCACGGGUACGCUGCUACGUGCACAUCAUGAAAGAAGGCCUCUGCUCUAGAGUGAGCACACUGGGACUCUACAUGGAAGCAAACAGACAGGUGCCCAAAUUGCUGCCUGUUCUCUGUCCUGAAGAAUCACUAAUCCAUUCAUCAGCACAGAUUUCCAGCAAACACCUGGUUGGAAUUGACAGUCUCAUUGGACCAGAUACACAGGUUGGAGAAAAGUCAUCAGUUAAGCACUCGGUCAUUGGUUCCUCUUGUCUCAUAGGAGAUAGGGUGACUGUUACCAACUGCCUUCUCAUGAACUCAGUCACUGUGGAAGAAGGAAGCAGCAUCCAGGGCAGCGUCAUCUGCAACAAUGCUGUGAUUGAGAAGGGAGCAGACAUUAAAGACUGUUUGAUUGGAUGUGGCCAGAGGAUCGAAGCCAAAGCUAAACGAACAAAUGAGGUGAUUGUGGGAAAUGACCAGCUCAUGGAAAUCUGAAUUCUGAGCAAGACAAACUCCUUCCUUUUGUCAUCCACAACUGCAGAUGUUGGCUGGCCCACCUGUUUGACUCUGUAUUUAUUUUCCAAUAAAGGACUUCCACACGUGCCAUUUGUGGAUCAGUUCCAGGCUCUGCCUCUGUAGGCUCCAGAUAUACACAGUGUCUGUUCACACAUAGUAUGAUAAAGACCAUUCUGAGCAAAUAAUGUGGAACAGGAUAACACAGUGGCCUGCCUCUUGUUCACCAACGUUACCAGGUAGGGAAGCAGCUUUGCAGUGGUAGGAAGCUACGUUCUGACUGGCUGACUGAGUCUAGUCCAUAAGGCAUUUUCCACCUAAAAAUGACCUAGAAGUACUUCAAUCCCUGACACUAAUCAUGUUUUCUAUACCCAUACCCUUAGCUGCUGGUAAUGCCACCCCAAGCAUCAGCCUGGGACUUACUGCUCCAGUACCUGUCACACAGACACCCAGCACCUGCCUCUACCCUACCAUUCACUGUCAUCUUUCCAGCCUAACUCAACUCCUGAUCCUUGCAGCCUCUGAGAGUGAUCAAGAGGGGAGAUCUGUCCAGCCAGCAUGCCUGUCCCCACAGAUUUUCAUGGGGUAGCACAUUGAGAGCCAUGAUCUAAGCCACACCAUGCCCUUCUCUGCUUCCUCUUGAUCAGGACGUUCAGCCAGGUGAAGAAGACCCAGGAACCAGUGUCAUUUUUGAAAUUGUUUCUGAUUCUUCUCUGCUAUAUUUUUACCACCCAAAUCUUUUUUUUUUUUUGGGGGGGGGUGGUACCAAAGAUUAAACUCAGGACCCUGUGCUUGCCAGGCAAGUGCUUAUUCUACUGA